CAUCUGUUCGCAGCUCCACCAAUGCUCCCCAUCUGUUUUUUGUUUCUCGUUGCGUUCGCUUCGCGUCGCGGAAAGUCGACCCGCUCGCCAAAAAAGAAAAACAAAGAUAUAUAAAUAAUUGUUGGUCGCGUCUUCUGCAAUCUGCAAUGCUCUCGAGCUGAGGGCGCGGGCAAUAGAUAUGUGCGUGUGUGGGAGUGAGCCAGCGGGCCAGUAAUGUGCGAGUGCUGAGUGCCAAGUGCGACGUUGAUUGUUUUCAUAGCCAAUUAGCCUGGGGGGCCAUUAGCCAGCCAGCCAGCCAGCCACCCAGCCAGCCGAGUUCCGAUAGAAUCCAAUGAGCACGGAGGAACUGGACCCAAACCGGGACUUGGAGACGUGCACCCUCCUUAGCAAUCCCUCGUCCUCCACAUCGUCCGCCUUCUCCAACGCCGAUCCGGCGAACGUUGAACCCGGCAGGACACGCGCUAAGCAGCGGAUCAGCUUGAACGGAAAGCGGAGACGCAGCCGGAUGUCACGCAGAGCCAAUCUGAUCGGCAUCUGCGCCGUGAGCAGCCUGUGCAUCCUGCUGCUGAUCGCCACCACCCAGCACCGUCCGCUGACAACCCCCUUCAAUCAGGGUGCUGGCAGGGAUCAGGGAGCUGGCGGCGGGCCGGGACAGGCCGGCGGAUAUGGUGUGGACGGUGGUCCGUCCAAUUCGCUGGCGCGCAGCUCCUUCUACGAUCGCUUCCAGCAGCAGAUGCAACAGCAGCAGCAACAGCCGUCGCAGACGGCCGUCUACAAUCUGACAGCUACUAUAGUGGAUGUCCUGUCGGCUCAACGGUCUCGUAUCCUCACCGAGAUGGAGAACUUCGAGUAUCCACGCGGUGGCGCCGAGCGUCUAACGGACAUGACACCGGAAACGAACGGCACUCCGGUGCGCAGUGUGGUGGUCACAUCGUGGCGCUCCGGCUCCACCUUCCUCGGGGACAUACUCAACUCGAUCCCCGGCAACUUCUAUCAUUACGAGCCGCUGCUCGACUUCGGGAUCAAGCAAAUCCGUGAUCCCGACGACCAGGAACUGGCCGUCCAGAAUCUGAAGAACCUGCUCAAUUGCGACUACGCCGAUAUGAUGGACUACCUGAACUUUGGCAAGACGCACACAUAUCUCUUCGAACACAAUACCCGGCUGUGGGACGUCUGUCGGGAGUUUCCGCGCUUCUGCUGGCGUCCCGCCUUCUUGACGCGCUUCUGCCGGCUCUUUCCCAUCCAAAGCAUGAAGACGGUCCGCCUGCGACUGGCCCAGGCCGAAAAGCUGCUCGAGGAUCCAAGCGUGCGGAUUGUGCUUUUGGUGCGGGAUCCACGUGGCACAAUGCAGUCGAGAAGGCAUAGGGUCUGGUGCGCCGGCAAUGAGGACUGCGAGGAUCCGCGUCUGGUGUGCCAGGAUCUGCAGGAUGACUACAAAACGGCCAAGGAAAUGCUAGAAAAGUAUCCAUCCCGAUUUAGAACCCUUCGCUAUGAGGACUUGUCGCUCAAUCCCAGUGAGAUGACCCAGGACAUCUUACUGUUCUAUGGCUUGCCGUUCGAUCCAGCUGUCGAGGAAUUCCUGGACACACACACCAAGGAAAACAUUGGCGGCGUCAGUUCCACAUAUCGCGAUUCCAGAUCAGCGCCAUUCCAUUGGAUUCGGGAUCUAAAGCCAGACGAGAUUAAACAAAUCCAAGACGCCUGCUUGGAUGCCAUGGACCUGUGGGGCUAUCGACGCAUCGAGGACUUCAGCAACUUCUCCAGCAUCCAGCAGACCUUCGAUCCCAUGGUGAUGCCGCCCCCGUUCACGUGAACGCGGUCCUAGUGUUAGCUGAUCUAUCUGAUAAUGAUAACUAAUUCUUCUACUUGGUACAUUUUGUUGUGAUAUCGUCGUGUUGAGCGAGCAAAAAGAAAAAAAGAGUAAGAAAACUGGAAAAGAGCCGAAAGGAGUUGAAAGUGGCCAGAACAGAGAGAGAUUUGUGGCAGAAAGACCCAGAGACAGGCAGUAGGUUUGUUAGGCAUUGUGGGUGCAUUUGUGGGAACUCGAUUGCUGGCACAUUUUUUGCUGAACACGCAAACACACUUAACUGAGCAAUAGUUAUUAAUAUAUAUAUAUAUAUAUAAAUAAAUAUAAACAUUAACUGAAUAUACAAUAUGAAAUGCAUAAUUUUAGUAAUUGGCGAAUUUUGUGUAGAGCGUAAAACGGUACGAAACCAGUCGAAUAUCAGAUUUACAUUUAGGCCUAGAAUUUAAGCAAAAACCAAUAAAACUGAAAACUUAGUCUAUAUAGGGCUGCGUAUUGUGGAUUGUUUACUUGGCUUUUUGAUGUAAAUUGUUUAGGCAAAACAAAGCAAUUUUUGUAAUUCAGCUUAAAAAGUGCGUAUAUAGAUAAAAACCCAGUGAUUUAGCGUCUUUACUGAAAAAACAAAACUCACAACCAAAACGUAUCAGUCAGAAAUUCAACAAAACUAAGCUCGAAAACGAUUAGAUGAUGCAAUUAUACAAAAAAACAUAUAAAAAUUCGACAAAAUGUUUGGCAAACCAAAAAUUGUGCAAUAUUAUCAAAAAGGAAUAAAACAAAAACAAUUAAAUCACGCUAGUAUCAAUUUAGACACGAAUUUCCUAAAGCAAAUUAUAAAAAAUUAUAUACAAAAUGUAACAAAAGAGCAAUGGGCACUCAACUCCUACUUAUAAGUUUCCUUAGGAAUAAUUUAUUUUUAUGGUUAUUUAGUUGUAAUUGUAAUUAAAUUGUACUAUACUUUAUGUCAUUAUUAUACAAAUGCGUUAAAUACGUUCUCGUUUUCCAAAACGACGCCCAGUAUAUCGAUCAAAUUGGUAAACAAAACAAGUUUAAGUGAUUUGAUUAUUUGAUAAACGAAAGAAUCCAGCAAUAUUUGCAUAAUUACACUUAUUAAGCAAAAUAACAACUGAAUAAACAAUGAAUUAUAAGAAAGGUA